CGGGAGUUUCAGUUUGCAUCUGUGACGCACUGUGAGCUGUAACGUCUUUUUUUCACACACAGAGUAAGAGUAUCCAGAGAGAAGGGGGACCUCGUUUGCCGGCUUUUUUGUUUUUCAUCCAUUCUGCAACGUCUUUUUGACACCAAACAACAACAGUCCACUACAGGCGAUGAUGUUCGUUUCUGAACGCUGAUUUCAACUCUAUUUAUUCACCAAACCGAUCAUAUGUACAUAGAAGAAAUCUCUGAAGAAGAUGAGGAACCACCUUUACAGCUCAGCUCUUGUCCUUCUAAUGGUGUUCAGCUGUGGCGGGACUGCAGCAGUGCAGUGUCGGUGGGGGGAAGGGUGUGUGUGUCUGCAAUGCCCCGCUGGCCUGGAGCCUUCCAAGGCUUGUGGGCAGAUCCAAAAUCCAACAGAGGAAGUGCAAUGCCGAUCAUGCCCAGCUGGCAGCUUUUCAGGCGCAUUCAACUCUGAACUUUGCCGUCCACACGCCUCCUGCAAGAUCCUAGGCCGCAAGGUUGCAAUCCCUGGAACUGCGACCUCUGAUGCCGUCUGUGGGGACUGUCUGCCAGGGUUUCACUCUACUACCACAGGGGAAGGUUCCACCCAAAGUCCCUGUGUGAGAACGUCUUUGCAUGUCAGAACGGUCCGUACAGUGGGUAAAGGUCCAACCAGCGGUGCAGGAGGGCUGGUCAAUGGCACGGUGGUACGCAGCGCUGAGGAGAAGACGGCAGAGUAUGCCGUGUUCGCUUUGGUGCCCAUCUUCUGCGUCAUGGGCCUGCUGGGUAUCCUCAUCUGCAACAUCCUAAAGAAGAAGGGAUACCGCUGCUCUGCUGACAAGGAGGGUGGGGAUGAAGAAACUGCCACACCACAGAAAGAAGGUAACAGUUGUCCCUACAUAUCUGAUGACCUGAAUGAAGACACCAUCAGUGUUCUGGUUCGCCUCAUCACUGAGAAGAAAGAAAAUGCUGCUGCACUGGAAGAACUUCUGUUGGAGUACGAGAGCAAACAGAUGGCCAUCAGCAAAGGCUCAUCAAUCAAGUUCCCCAUGCUGUCUCCCCUGUCCCCAUUACGCUCCCUCCCUCGGCUGUGCCCCCAUCAGUCCCACCUCCACACCAUCUCCGGCCUUUCCGGCCUGGCCCCCAAGCACGGCUACCGCUGCACCCGCUGCGCCCAGAGAAAAUGGCCGGCUGUCCUCAUACCUCCCCUGGAGUCCCUCAAAGAUCCCCUGAAGCCCCCCCAAACACUCAUCCUACCCUCACUGGACACAUCCACCGACCAGCAGAAGAGGCCCCUGCUGGGGGGAGUGUUUUUCGACCCCCACCAUACACAAGCUGCUGUGCCAAAUAAUGUACAGGAAAGAGUGGAAGGGAGUGAAGUGAAGGAGAAGAAGGAGGGAGAGCUGACAGUUUUGUCUGUGGGGAGAUUUCAAGUUGCUCAGAUCCCCGAGCAGAAGCCCGUCUCAGUGGAAACCAAGACAUCAUCCAAGGAGCAAAGGAACUCCCUGUUUGGAGGGAAAUCUUUCUGCUCCUCUACAUCAUCUGGCGUCAGGAGGUGAAGAGACAGAGAGACGGUGUACGAUAAUGCUACCUCGCUGAAGAUGACCUCAUCAUUCGCUGACCACUUGACAGCUGGCACGGAGGGGUUUCUGAACGACCGACACCGAGAAACCACGAGAACCACCUCCUGCUGGAAGAAGCUGUUUCUAUUCACGCGAUACGAGGAAUAAAACUCUAUUUAUUAUUAGAUAAAAAACAUAUUGUGCUUCACAGAUGUAUCAGAUGUACUAUCAUAGAAGUUCAAAUCACAGCUGCUUCACAGCCCCAAUCCAAAAAGAACAAUGUUUUGUUGGAUACACACAAGGGGCAGAGUGGAAAGAAUAGCAUUGUGAGAAAAAAUUCUCAACACCUGACACUAGAAGGAAGAAUGAGAGGAGGAAAACAGAGAAGAGAAGUUUGUAUCAUAAAAAAAAAUGCACUCUUAGACCCUGUAUUUGUGCUUCCAUGUAAAAACAAAACAAAAAAACACGGUUGAAACACACACAUACAGUUCAUGUAAACAGACACAUCUACACUAUUGGUGAAUAGUGUAGAGGAUAAACCACUGUGGAAUAUAUUACUGACAUAAAGAUAAAACUCAAAUAGCAAUGACACUGAGACAAACUCAAGUAUGUACAUUUAAAAAAGAGGAAAAUGUCAAGCCAAGUGGUCUCCAAUCAAGUGCCAUAUGAUCUAAGGUUUUCAUUACCAACAGAUUGAGCAAAUCUGGCUUGACUGAAAUAAAAAACCUGUAUGAUUUUUGGGUCAUGUGAGACUUGAUUAAAGACUACAACAGCACUACAGUAAAUAUUAUAAGGAAACACAUGUUACAAAAAUCAAAUAACUUUUUGAUGUUUUAAAUAGUUUUUCUAAGUUUAGCAGUCUAGCUGCUCUUUGCAGGUGACUGGAGGCUUUAGACCUUGAAGAUGUUGAAUGUAGUCUUAACAGAAGGAGCUCAUUGCACCCAUGGAGUUCACUUGAACCUUGAGAGUUUAUGAAACAUUCAUUCAGCAAUAGACACCUAUCUGCUGUCUGCUUUAAUACAUUUUUAACUUUUAAGAUCCUUAGACUUGGUCCAAGUAAGUGAUCAGGGGCCAAAUGUCUUCCUAAGAGCUGGUCCCAAUAAAGUAUCAAUUUUCUAUAUUUUUUUUUUGACACUGCACCCCAAACGCAGUUAGAGGCUACAAUUAUCAUUUAGAUCCUGGGGUGAAAAAGUAGAUAGGUAGAGAUCACAUUUGUAGAAUAGAACAUGUAAAUGAAUGUACAUAUGUAAAUAUGGGCGGGUAUAGAGAAACACACCAGACCUGGCUUUUAUAAUUUUAGCAUGCAGUGUGUAUGAGGUGAAAGACAACUGCACCAAUGAGUGACAUUUGUAGUCCAUCAAUCAAAAAAUGGUCAACUCUGUCACACCAUCGUGCAUAUAAGCUGAAUUGCUGGUUAAAAUCAACACGAUAUAUAUGUAUGAUUUCUAUUGAUUACUAUUAGAUUGCAACAUUUCAGUGUUUUCCUUUUUUUUUUUGCAGAGCAAACUGUUACAGUUUUCCAUUCUUUAUUCAUCACAAACUUUUUAAACCUAAAGUCCUACACACACAUGCACACGUGCGCACAUACAGUAUCUGCAUAACUGCGAGAGACCACUCUCGCAUGAAUACACACACAGGCAUUUUUUGUUGGUUUGUUUAAUUAAAUAAACCAACCAGUGGCUGCAGAGGAUUAGAGGUUGACGUGCCCCAAAGUCAUGCAGCUCAGCUGGCUUUGGUUUACAUCCUCAUGGGUUUUUAAAGAGUGUAUUAUAAUCAUAAAGGUUUUUUAGCUACUCAUUUUCAUAUUUUCUAAAUGCGUUAUUACGAGGAAUAUGACAACAUGUCUGGAGGACUGGAUAUCUAUUGGUUGCGGCAGUCACAUGUUUGCAUUUGAUCUGUUUUUAUAACUAUUCUCACUAUUAGAUUUAUUAUUACAUGUUUUCAAGCUGAAGUGUUGCUGGGAGGAAGGAAGGAUAAAAAAAAACAUCUCAUCGAGUUUGUUAGAUUGCAUUUAUAAUAUUACAUUUUUCUGUCUGAUGUUUUUACUCUUGAAAUAAAGAAGAGGUGUAUUUUAAA